AUGGGACCUUCCAAAGUGAUUCCUUAUUACUUUCGAGCUUCUGAAAUUUUUGAUCAAGAAGAUGUGACGAUUGCCACCUUAGUAACACAUAACCGAUUCCCUGUUUUGAGUCGAUUAGCCACCAAAUAUAAAGGACCUAUUUCGGUUGCUAUCCACGUUAACGAUGACAACACAAAGGAUGAGAUUUUGACGGAUUUGCAUGCCAUGUACAAGAGUAAUCCAGAUAUGGGACGUUAUGUAGAUAUUCAUUUAGUUGUGGAUAAAUUCGAUAGACAAUUUAAUAUGUGGCGUAACGUUGCCAAAUUCUUUGUGCGAUCUGAUUUCUUGAUGAUGCUGGAUGUGGAUUUUUAUCUGUGUACGGAUUUUAGAGAAUCAUUAAGAAAGAAUGACGAAUUAAUGGAUAUACUCCGUACGGGAAGAGGUGCGGUUGUUGUACCUGCGUUUGAAUAUAUCACUGAAGAAGACGGCGAAGAUUGGACAGUAUUUCCAAAGGAUAAAGAGGCUCUCAUGAAUAUCGUUUUGACUGAAAAGAUCGACAUGUUUCAUUUGGGUUGGACACGAGGCCAUGGAUCGACUAACUAUAAGAAAUGGUAUCAGUCCUCACAACAUUAUAAGGUCACGGAUUAUAAUUAUUCGUAUGAGCCCUAUGUCAUCUAUAAAAAAGAGGGAACUCCUUGGUGUGAUGAACGUUUCAUUGGCUAUGGUGCUAAUAAGGCUGCAUGUCUUUAUGAAAUCUAUUUAGCAGGCAUUGAUUAUUGGGUUCUUCCUAAUGACUUUUUAAUCCAUCAAACACAUCAUUACCUGGAAGAUACUAGAGCAAAAGAGCGUAAAUACAACAAGAAGCUUUACGAUUACUUUAGAGAAGAAGUAUGUCUUCGUUAUUCUCGUUUAAUGAUUUCUGCUGGAUUGUGGGAUACUCCCAUCUCUACAAACUUAAAGCAUGAAUGUGCUAAAAUCAAGGGAUUCAGAGAAGUCGUUUCUCGUGUUCAAUAA